GAUUUCUUAAUUAAGUUUCUUUUUUGUGCUUCCAACGUUGCCUUCUCAGCCUACAGACUAAAGUGACCUGUUUUCUCCCUUCGCUGCUGCUUUCGACUUUUCCUGUGAUUUAGAAAAACUGUUUCCCCUGGUAACCAUUUUUCCUGGUUACUCUCUUGGCUGAUUUUCUGCACAAAGAACUGAAAGGCAUUUAUCCCCUAGGGAAGCAGUUACUUUAGAGUUUGCUAAGAAGUCAGUUAACAUUUUUCAACAUUCCAUUCUGUUCUUUGUUUCAAAGAAAGCUCUGGUUUUGUUUCAUUUUCAGCUGGAGACUUAAAUGACACCAAGCAAAGCCUACUUAGUUUAGAUUUCCAGAAACUGAAUGGUGAAAAACCAGCAUGAAGUUUGCAAGUUUGUUUUUGUUUUUUCUGCUUAUCAUUUUGCAAACUGAUUUUGGACAAAAUGAUAAAAAUCCUGGGAAGCAAAGAAAGAUGUGUAACAGAAGACUGAAGAAAAUUUCUUCACCUAUGCACAGAUCCAGUAGACAGCUUAGAAUACAGCAAAUAAUGAUGGUGACACCAGCAGCAAAACUUCCCAUGGAUAACUUGGAUUAUAGCACAGAGAAGUUUGAAUCCUUUUUAAGUUUUCUUGGAGUAGAAUCAAGCUAUAACGUACUACCAGGAAAGAAGGGACACUGUUUGGUAAAUGGAAUGACCAUGUACAACAAAGCCGUAUGGUCUCCUGAGCUCUGCACUACCUGCCUCUGCUCAAAUGGAAGAGUGCUUUGUGAUAAAACCAUGUGCCAUCCUCAGAGGUGCCCCCAAACAAUUAUACCUGAAGGAGAAUGCUGCCCAGUCUGCUCUGAUACCGUCUCUUACCUGCUACUCAGUGAUAGAGCAUUAAAUGACAGAACUGAAUUUUCUGGUGAUUCUUCAGAACAAGGAGAAACUACUAACUUACUUCAUAAGCAACGUCCACCACCUCGGGUGGAAAUGGAUCAAGCAUUGAGAAAAGAGGAACUUCAAUUUGAGGAGUCUAAUGAAGAAAUUAAAGAAAAUGAAGAUAGAAAGCAAAAGAUCCCUGGAACUGGAGAUGGGGAGAGACUUACCACUGAGAGGCAGAGCAGAGAAGGGGCAGAGCAGAGACUUGCAGAGGAGGGGAGGCAGACCCAUCAUCAUGGAAGCACAGCAAGACAGGAGGAGGAGGAGAAUGAAGAGGAGGACUACAAGGAUGAGUAUGAGACCAUUAGAGAUAUAGUCAGGAUUCCACCUCGACUCCCUGUCCCUGCUCCUCCCAGACGCAUGCCACCUCUGCCAAGUGGGUGCUCUUUGUCCUACAGGACCAUCAGCUGCAACAGUGUUAACCUCACACAGAUACCACCACUAACAGCACCAGAGGUAACAAGUCUGGAGCUCCCUGGCAAUUCCAUCGUCUCUAUUCCAGAUGAAGCAUUUAAUGGAUUACCAAAUUUGGAAAGGCUUGAUUUGAGCAAAAAUAAUAUCACUUCUUCAGGCAUAGGUCCAAACGCACUCAAGCUUCUGAAGAAGUUAGUAUACUUAAAUAUGGAUGGAAACAAUUUAGUAGAGAUUCCUUCGGAACUACCAUCUACAUUAGAAGAACUUAAAAUCAAUGAGAACAAUCUUCGGGCUAUUGAUGAAGAAAGUUUAUCAGAUUUAAAUCAAUUGGUCACCUUAGAACUGGAAGGGAACAAUCUCAGUGAAACCAAUGUCAAUCCUUUAGCUUUCACACCUUUGAAGAGCCUAUCCUACCUACGUCUGGGAAGAAAUAAAUUUAGAAUUAUACCACAGGGUCUUCCUACUUCUCUUGAGGAAUUAUACCUAGAAAAUAACCAAAUUGAAGAAAUAACUGAAAUUUGUUUCAAUCAUACCAGAAAUAUCAAUGUCAUUGUACUAUGUUAUAAUAAAAUUGAAGAAAAUAGGAUUGCUCCUUUGGCCUGGAUAAACCAAGAAAAUCUAGAAUCAAUUGACCUUUCCUACAACAAGCUCUACCAGGUCCCCUCCUACCUCCCCAAGUCUCUGCUGCACCUCGUGCUCUUGGGAAACAAGAUUGAGCGCAUCCCUGGCUACGUGUUUGGCCACAUGCAGCCAGGCCUGGAAUACCUGUACCUAUCAUUCAACAAACUCUCUGAUGAUGGCGUGGACCGAGUCUCCUUCUACGGGGUUUAUCAUUCUCUGAGAGAGCUGUUUCUGGAUUACAAUGACUUAAAAUCGAUACCACCAGGGGUUCAGGAAAUGAAAGCACUACAUUUCUUGAGGUUGAACAACAACAAGAUACGCAAUAUUCUUCCAGAACAAAUUUGCAGUACUGAAGAAGACGAUGAUUCAACACUGGAAUAUCUUCAUCUUGAAAACAAUUAUAUUAAAACAGAAGAAAUAUCGCCCUAUGCAUUUUCAUGCAUAAGAUCAUAUUCAAGUAUCAUUCUUAAACCACAGAAUAUGAAGUAAUUCUACAUUUUCCUUUGUCAUUUAUAAACUGUAUUUAUAUAUUUGUUGUAGUAGUAUUUAUCAUCAAUGAGAGAGAUAUCAUGUCAUGUUAUACUCAGUAUCAUUAUGCUAGUCUACCUGAUUAAUGAAUCUAGAGAUGAACAACCAAAAAUAUAUCUAGAAAGUUUAAUCUUCUAGAGCUUGUAGCUAAGUUUUCAGUUUCAUAUUCCAGAAAGAAGCCAUUUCAUUGCAAAGUUUUUCAGUUGGGAAUAAGAUGUUACAUACUGCUGAGUGUGAGUGAAGGAAUCUGGAGCAAAAUAAGCAUGUCCUUUACAAUUAACCUGUGAGUAUUGUUGGGAACCCCUUAAGUACAUUUAAAAAUUAUGUAUGCUAUGGUUCCAGACCAAGGAAUGAAUGGGAGAAAAAAAUUAUACAAAAAAUUCAUGAAUGGGUGUUAUUAUUCUAAAGUUAAAACAAUAAUUUAUUAAUUUUCUUUAAGAGCAUAUGCUAUCAUUAUUGGUAUAAAUAUACAUAAAUAUUGAGUUAGCUUUAGUUCCUCCUAUUAAUUACAUGUGUGAAAUUAAAAUACUAUUGUAAUCUUAAUUUCCUGGUUUUGAGAAUUGUACUAUGGGGUAUUUAUGGGAUUUUUAAUAUAGGGGAAGCUGGGAGAAGGGUUCAUGUCAGUUCUAUACUAUUUUAAAAAUUUUCUGUAAGUAUAAAAGGAGUAGCAGUAUAUUUAGAUCACCCUUAUUAUUCUUUAUUCAAGAUCAAAGUGUUUUAUGGAAAGCAGUGGAGUUUGCUUAAAGGAAGUUAAUUAUCCUUAACUAUACAUGAGCAAAUGUAAACCUAUUACUGCAUGAGCUUUUGAAAAUUUUUGCUCCAUUGGUCAUUUUAGCACCUAUCUUCUUUGCCCUAGUUUGCUCAAGUGUAUAUAUUCUUUUACUCAGCUCAAUAAAGCUAUUAAUAUUUACUACAUUUUGGAUACUACCACAACUAUACAUUAGAAUUUUCAUUACAUAAUGUUAUUUUAUCUGUAUUUCUAAAGUAAUUUAUAACAGACACAUAGAGAAAUUGUGUUGACUUUUCUUGUUACUAUCAGUUUUGUGUCUUGAAUAACACCAGACUAAGAAAUUAAGUCCCACUCUGGGACUUAAGGCACCAGACUGCCCAACUUAAGACAUCAUUGGGAAGGUUAUGCUAAUCUUUCGAACUUUAGUUAUUUAAUCUUUUAAUAGUUCACUCACCAUCCUUAUAGCCUUCCAGCCUUACUUCACAGGGGUGUUAUGAGAACCACAGAAUGAAAAGCAUCUGGAAAAUGUAGAAUACAUGAGUGUACUUAUUACUACCAACUUUUCAUGUAAAAUUGA